GGAGGUGUCAAUGUUUCCAGCUGAAGCCGAAAGGUCCGCGUGAUUCCAAAAGGAUCCAAGUGUUCGGACUUCGGACUGACCAAUCCGCAGCCGACGCGCACAUUAUAAGUGGUUAACAGAUUGGUGUGCGCGGGAGUACCUGAAUUUACCGAUAUGGACAAACGAGCUAAAUCUAAAGACGUUUAUGUCCAGCGUUCGCUGUUCGUGUUUUUGAUGCUGUUAGCUCUGACACUGGUCUUUCUAACCCUGCAGAAGACAAAGUUCAAGCAGUUUUCAACUCCCAGAGGAAAGCCUGAAAGUAGCAAAUAUCCAGGUCUGAAAGAUUAUUCCACAAUACAGCAGGAAGACAAAGUACAGGAGACUGAAUGGAUACACAGGCUGGUGCAGUUUGGGUAUCUGAAAAACAGCUUCACUCCUGAAGAAAGAUUGGAGGGUUCAGUCCUGAUGAAAAUGAUUGAAUGGCCAAAGCCUCCCAUUGCCGAAGUUCCCUUUCAGAAAAGCAGUGACCCAUCACAUACUUGCUUUGUUAUUUUAAAUUCUGGAAAGACUUUCUAUGUCGGAGAACAGUUACAAGUGAUGCUGCGUAUGUAUGAUUUUGAAAGAAAUCCAAAGCACUACGGGGGUGACUAUCUCCAAGCCCGGAUCCACACUCCAGAGUUGAAAGCCGGUUCAGCAGGAACAGUUAUAGAUCACCAAAAUGGAACUUAUCACAUCAAUUUUACUUUAUUCUGGCCAGGAGAAGUCCAAGUGUCUGUUUCCUUGGUUCAUCCCAGUGAAGGGAUCGAAGUACUUUGGCCACUUCGUGAAGAACAGCCAUUUAGAAUAUUUUUGACAAGUACUUUCAAAUAUGGGGCUAUUUCAGAGGCUACCAUAUGCAAUGUAUUUUUACCUCAAACUAAACCAAUUUGUAACUUUACUUAUCAUAACACUGGGGAGCCGUGGAUCUGCUACAAACCAAAGAAUCUUCCCUGCUCUUCUGAUGUCAGCUAUAAACAAGCAGGAUACGUGAAGCUGCCUUUGGCCGGGGAAGACCUCAGAUUUUUCCAAAUUGGAGUGACCGUCAAGAGACCCAUAUUACCCUGUGGCAUUGGUCAUGUAAUCGUAAAGCCAUCUCCACGACAAAGCUCAGCCACAGAUCUCGGGGAAUGUGUUCGGGGAAAGCCAGUGGUAUCACCGGCUGGCUUUUAUUUUAUGAACCGAUGGACAUCAACAACCUGUAAUAUUUGUCACUUUGACACUCCUGCAAAAAUUACAAAGUGCCUUCGUGGGAAAAAAGUGUAUCUGCUUGGAAAUUCUACAAUACGCCAGUGGUUUGAAUACCUGAAUGUCUUCCUUCCAGAUCUUAGAAAGUUCGAUCUUGGCAACCGUACUAGGGUUGGCCUUUUGUGUGCUUUGGACAAAGAAAACAAUAUCAUGCUGGAACAUCAUGCUCACGGCCCACCAAUGCAAUUCAGAAGUGUUUCAAGUCAUCAUUUGUACUAUAUUUCAAAAACACUGGAUGAAAUUGAAGAAAGGAAAGACGUAGUUAUUGGCAUCACCUUAUGUGCCCAUUUCAACACUUUCCCUCUGGAUGUUUACAUCAGAAGGCUGCAGUAUAUCCGGAGAUCAAUUCUACAGCUGCUCAGCAGGAAUCCAGAUACAGUGAUUGUUAUAAAGACUGGGAAUGUAUGGGAGCCUAGAGCAGGUUAUAUUCUUAACUACAAUGACUGGUUCUCUUAUCAACUCGAUGUAUUGAUGAGAAGAAUAUUUGUAUACAUGAACGUUGCAUUUGUGGACGCGUGGGAAAUGACCAUAGCCCACUACUUGCCCCAUAAUAUACACCCUCAACAAAUUAUUAUAAAGUAUGAAAUAGACGUGUUUCUUUCAUAUGUGUGUCCUUCUGAAAAGGAAUAAAGGUAUUUGCUUACCAUGUAAAGCAAAAUCUAGAUAAUAACAUUGGAAAUAGACUUAGGAUGUAGACAUAGAAACCUACAGCACAUUACAGGCCCUUUGGCCCACAAUGAUGUGCUGACCAUGUAACCUACACGACAAACUGCUGAGAAUUUCCCGACCGCAUAGCCCUCUAUUUUUCUAAGCUCCAUGUACCUACCCAAGAAUCUCUUAAUACCUUAUUGUAUCCACGUCUACCACCAUCGCUGGCAGUGCAUUCCAUCAGCCCACCACUCUGUGUGAAAAACUUACCUCUGACAUCCCAUUAUACUUACUUCCACGCACUGUAACACUAUGCCCCCCCUGUGUUAACCAUUUCAGACCUGAGAAAAAUUUCUGGCUAUCCACACGAUCAAUGUCUCUCAUCAUCUUAUACACCUUUUUCAGGUCACCUCUCAUUCCCUGUCUCACUAAGGAGUAAAGGUCACGUUCACUUAACCUAUUCUCAGAAGGCAUUGACCCCAAUCCAAGCAACAUCCUUGUAAAUCUCUUCUGCACUCUCUCUAUAGUAUCCACAUCCUACCUGUAGUGAGGUGACCAGAACUGAACACAGUACUCCAAGUGGGGUCUAACUGAGGUCUUAUAUAGCUGUAACAUUACUUCACAGCUCUUGAACUCAAUCCCACGGGUUCCCAAUGCACCAUACGCCUUCUUAACAACACUGUCAACCUGUGCAGACCCCAAGAUAUCUCUGAUUCUCCACACUGCCAAGAGUCUUACCAUUAAUAUUAUGUCUUCAAAUUGACUUACUAAAAUGAACCACUUUACACUUAACUGGGUUGAACUCCAUCUGCUACUUCUCAGCCCAGUUCUGUAUCUUAUUGGUGUAUCACUGUAACAUCUGACAGCUGUCCAGACUAUUCACAACACCCCCAACCUUUGUGUCAUCAGAAAACUUACUAACCCACCCUUCUACCUCCUCAUCCAGGUCAACUAUAAAAAUCACAAAGAGGAGGGGUCCCAGAACAGAUCCCUGUGGAACAGCACUGGUCACCGACCUCCAUGUAGAAUAUGAACCAUCUACAAUCACCCUUUACUUUCUGUGGGAAAGCCAAUUCUGGAUCCACAAAGCAAGGUCUCCUUGGAUCUCAUGCUUCAUAACUUUCUGAAUGAGCCUUGCGUGGGGUACCUUAUCAAAUGCCUUACUGAAAUCUAUAUACACCACAUCCACUGCUCUACCUUCGUCAAUGUGUUUUGUUACAUUCUCAGAAAAUUCAGUCAGGCUCCUAAUGCAUGACCUUCCCUUGACAAAGCCAUGCUGACUAUCCCUAAUCAGAUAAUGUUUCUCCAAAUGCUCAUAAAUCCUGCCUCUCAGGAUCUUCUCCAACAACUUGCCACCACUUAAAUAAGACUCACUGAUCUGUAAUUUCCUGGCUUAUCUCUACUCCCCUUCUUGAACAAGGGAACAACAUUUGCAACCCUCUAAUCCUCUGGUACUUCUCCCUAUAGAUGACUCAAACAUCAUCGCUGGAGGCUCAGCAAUCUCCUCUCUCACUUCCCACAGUAGCCUAGGGUAUAUCUUGUCCAAACCCAGUGACUUAUCUAACUUAAUGCUUUUCAAGAGCUCCAGCACAACCUCUUUCUUAAUGACUAUAUGCUCAAGUGUUUCAGUCCUCUGCAAGUCAUCCCCACAAUUGCCAAGGUCCUUUUCCCUGGUGAAUACUGAAGCAAAGUAUUCAUUAAGUACCUCCGCUACCUCCUCUGACUCCAUGCACAUUUGGUCCUAUUCUCACAUGGCUCAUCCUCUUGCUCUUCACGUAGUUGUAGAAUGCCUUGGGGUUUUCCUUAAUCCUGUUCACUAAGGCCUUCUCAUGGCCCCUUCUAGCUCUCCUAAUUUUAUUCUUAAGCUCCUUCCUGGAAACCUUGUAAUUUUUCUAGAGUUCUAAUAUUACCUAAUUUCUUGAACCUUUCGGAAGUUUUUCUUCUUAACUAAAUUUUGCACAUCCUUUGUACACCAUAGUUCUUUUACUCUAUCAUCCUUUCCUUGCCUCAAUGGAACAUACCUAUGCAGAACGCCAUGCAAAUGUUCCCCGAACAUUUGCCACAUUUCUGCUAUGCUUUCUACCCUGAGAACAUCUGCUGCCAAGUUUCUGCCCAACAGCAUCAUAUUUCCCCCUACCGCAAUUAAAUGUUUUUCCAAAUUGUCUGCUCCUAUCCCUCUCCAGCGUUAUGGUGAAGGAGAUAGAGUUGUGAUCACUACCUCCAAAAUGCUCUCCCAUCAAGAGCUCUGACACCUGACCAGGUUCAUUUCCCAAUACCAGAUCAAGUUCAGCCUCUCCUCUAGUUGGCCUAUCUACAUAAUACAUCAGGAAACCUUCCUGAACACACCUAACAAACUCCACCCCUGGCUUUAAGGAGAUGCCAGUCAAUCUUAGGAAAGUUAGUCUCCUAUCAGAAGAAUCCUAUUAUUAUUGCACCGUUCCAGAAUCUGCCUCCCUUUUGGCUCCCUGAUGUCUCUGUUACUGGGUAGGAUGUUAAAGGAAGGAUGUGGGGUCGAUUUUUAAAAAAAAAGAACAUCCAGUAGAGUUAUUAGCUCCUUCCUGUUUCUGACUUUCACCCACACUGACUCAGUAGACAAUUCCUCCAUCAAUUCCUCUUUUUCUGCAGCCGUGAUACUAUCCCUGACUUGCAAUGCCUCUUUUGCCUCCAUCCUGUCCUUCUUGAAACAUCUAAAGCUUGGCACACUCAGAAGUCAUUCCUGCCCGUGACGUCCAAGUCUCUGUAACAACCACAACGUCACAGUUCCACAUACUGAUCCAUGCUCUAAAUUCAUCCACCUUAUUUAUGGUACACCCUGAAUUAAAAUAGACACAUCUCAAACUAUCUGGCUGAGUUAAGUUUUACUCUAUCAUCUGCCUUUCCUUUCUCACAAACUCCCCACCAGCUGGCUCUUCUUCAGCACCAACUGCCUCUUCAGUUUGGUUCUCAGCCCCCUGAAAAUCUAGUUUAACCCCUCCCCAAUAACAUUAGCAAACCUUCCUUCCAUAACAUUGGUUCCCCUUCAGUUCAGAUGCAAUCUGUCCCACUUGUACAGCUCACCCCUCCCCCCACCCCCCAGAAAGAUUCCAGUGAUUCAAGAACUUGAAACCAUCUCCUCAGCCACUCAUUCGUCUGCGCUAUCUUCCUGUUCUGACCUUCCCUAGCCCGUUACACUGGGAGAAAUCCGAAGAUUACCACUUUGGAGGUCCUGCUCUUCAGCUUCCUUCCUAACUCCCUAAACUUACUGCACAGGACCUCUGCUGCUCUCCUGCCUAUGGCAUAGGUACCAGCGUGUACCACAACCUCUGGCUGAUCACUCUCCCCUUCAAGAAUAUUCUGCAACUACUCAGAGACAUCCUAGAUCCUAGUACCCGGGAGGCAACGCACUAUCCUGCCUUCUCUUUUGCUGCUGAAGAAUCUUCUAUCUGUCCCUUAACUACUGAGUUUCUUAUGACUAUUGGUCCGCCUGACUUCACCCUACCAUUCUGAGGCUCAGAGCCGGCCACGGUAAUAUUGGUCUGGUUGCUGCUGCCUUGCCCAGAUAGGACAACCCCUUGAGCAGUAUCCAAAGGGGUCUGCCUGUGGCUGAGGGGAAUGGCCACAGGGGGACCCUGCACUGACUUCUUGCUCCCUUUACCUCUCUCGGUCUUCACCCAUCUACUCCCUGAAUUCUGCACUGGGUGUAACCACCUGCUCAAAAGUCUUAUCUAUUAAUUGUUCUGCUUCUCGGAUGAUCCUUAAUUCAUCCAACUCCAGCUCCUUAAUGCCGUCUUUCAUGAGCUGGAGCUGGCUGCCCUUCCUGCAGGUGUAGUCAUCUGGGAGACCAUCAGGUUCCAUAAAUUCCCACAUCCUACAGGAGGAGCAUUCCACUGCCAUAUCUGCCAUCCUGUCUGCACUGUACAAUGGGCAACCAAGACCAAAUCAGCAAUAAUGAAAGGAAAAAGCUACCCUUCUUACCUGUUUCUUUGGCCUCAGCCUCUUCUCAUCGAAGCCUCUAAGUUCCUACUCUGACUGUAGCCCCCAUUCCGAUGAUGGCCGCUCCAAUAGACCCCAUCUCUCUUUCAUGGUUUAAAAAAUAAGAAGAAUAAACCACACAAGGAGAAAGAACUCACCACGUUUCGUGAUGCUCUGCCUGCCUUCCACUGCCGCGAAUGCCUCUGAUGCUUCCCGCGCCUGAGCACUGGCCAUUGUUUUUAAGAAAAACAUCAAGAACUGCAUCUUCCAGCUCUCCACCCUGACCUGUAUCCUGUGACAACCAUCUUCAUUAUCCACACCUCUACCAAUUCUGUGUCAUCCAGAAACUUACUAUCAUCUGGCCCAUAUCAGUCUCCUCAAAAAACUCAGUCAGACCAGAUACCCACUGGUCACACCGGGCAUCCCUAAUCUAUCGUUUUCUUUCCAAGACACAGGAAGUUCCACAGAUGCAACACAUACAAAAUGCAGGAGGGACUGAACAGAUCAGGCAACAUCUUUUGAUAGGAAUAAACAGCUGAUGUUUCAUCCAAGACCUUUCAGCAGGUCUAGGAAGAAAGGGGAAAAAUGCCAGAGUAAGAAGGUGCCCACCUCUUUCCCUUCUUCCCUGGUCCAUUCUCGUCUCUCAUUAGAUUCCUACCUCUUCAGCCCUUUAUGGUUUCCCACCACCUGCCUGCUUCUUACUUCUUCCCCCCCUUAAAAUUGAUGUGCAAUUUUAAACAUGUCAUUUGUUUUGAGAAAUUGAAUUCUAUUCUUUGAAUUAAUUUUUGUCAUGGUUAAUAAAUGCUUUCUGUCACACAUGAUUCAUAUUCAGCUAGCACAGUUUGUUAGCAUUCUUUACUGUAAGCUUCAAUCAAAGUAAUAAUUUUAGCUUUGAUAUUCAACUAUUUUGUUUCAACUUUGAUUUUUGAAUAUCCAGGUUGUUUUCUUUGUGUCUUCACCAGUUGUGUGAAAAUUGAAGUUGCAUAGCAGAGCCAUUAUAUAGAAUUAUGCUAAAGUAAGGGUGGUCAACCUUUUACAUUCCAUGCAUCAAUUUUUUCACGUACGAGUUCUAUAUUAACAUUUUUACAAGAAUUGUGGGGGUACAAGAAUUGUAUGGUGCACCUGAACUUGUGCGUGAAAAAACUUUGAUGGAUGAACGUAAAACAUCGGCCACCCCUGUGCGAAAGGAUUCAUUGAACAACCAUAAUCAUUUCAGGGAACUUUAGGUUUAUUGAUGUUAUUGUCUUAAAUUACGAUCAAUAAUUAAAGUGGUUUGAAGUCUAAAUUAGACAUGUCCGACUGGAGAUGCUAAAAUUAGAAUUAGACCGAAAGGAUACACAAUGUUAGAUUAUGAGAACACUCAGUCCUCUUUUAUUGUCAUUUAGAAAUGCAUACAUGCAUUAAGAAUGAUACAAUGUUUCUCUGGCGUGAUAUCACAGAAAACAAGACUAACACUGACAAAACCACAUAAUUAUAACAUAUAGUUACAGCAGUGCAAAGCAAUACCAUAAUUUGAUGAAGAACAGUCCAUAGGCAGAGUAAAAAAAAUAGUCUCAGUCCCCGAGUCGAUCGACUCCCGAGUCCCCGAUAGCGGCGGCUAAAGGGAGAAACUCCCUGCCAUAAACCUCCAGACACCGUCAACUUGCCAAUACCUUGGAAGCAGCCGACCCCAGCCGACUCGGUACGAGUGCAUCUGUCCGAAAACUCCGAGCUUCCGAGCAGCCUCUCGAGCGCCAUCCUCUGCCGAGCGCCUUCGACCUCUCCCCGGCAGCUGAAACACGCAAAGCCGUGGGUUUCGAGGCCUUCAGCUCCAGAUGUUCCGGUUACCACACAGUAGCAGCAGUAGCAAAGCAGACAUUUCAGAAAUUUUCCAGAUGUUCCGCUGUGCACUCACGUCUGUCUCCAUCAAAUCAGGAUUGUGCACGGUCCCGUACUUGACAGACAACAGAUAUUAUGUCACCAAUAUUACAUCACCAAUAGACCAGAAAUCCUAGAGCUUGGGGAGUUUUAAAUAUCAAAGUUUUACCAACCAAUUGAUAAAAAGGAAAAAUUGCAUGUGAGAAUAAACAUGCAAAUGUUCUUACAAUAACUGAAAAUAAAUAAGCACGAGAAGAUCAUUGCAUAAUUGGGCAUUCAAUUUGUUUUACAAAGGGGAAAAUACUUAACAUAUCUGCAUAAUCUCUGAGUGUGUGGGUUUCAGCCAAGCACUCCGUUUUGAUUCCCCAUUGCAGAGAAGUGCUGCCAGUUGAACUGAGUAUUGCAAAUUAUCCCUUGGUCAAGGGAAGAGUCAAAAGGAAUCAAAGAGGAGCUGACGGCUGUGUAAGAGAGAAUGUGGAGUGGGGCUCAUGGAAUUGUUCUGCUGUGAGCUGGCAUGAACUGGAGCAGCCGAACGCCUGCCUUCUGUGUUGAGAUGAGCAGAAGCUCAGAACGAGUGCGAAGUAAGGGCUUGGAGAGGGUGGGAAUUGGGAAUCUGGAGUUUGAAGUGGAGCAGUCUCUGCAGAAUGUUUUCUAGAAGAACUAGGAGAGGCAAUAUUAUGUGGGCUGGUGGUCCCAGGGGCAGCCUACAUGUACAAUUGCACAUCCAGCCUCCCAGGAGUUGUCUACAUGUAUGUGUAGACUGU